CUUUUAUAUGGUCACGGCCUGCUUCUGUUUUGCUUAACUCACUGAGGGAGCUGAAACCUAAAGAAUUGUAUUUGUUCCUUUUAGGUAGCAACUGCUAGUCAAUUCUUUAUUUCCUACACAAUUCGAACCUUUGGUGCUCUUGCAUUCGCUGCCAUAAUGACAACAAGACAGCUGGCGAGCAUCUUGCUCUCAUGUGUGUGGUUCUCUCACCCUCUUAGUUGGGAGCAAGCGAUCGGAUCUGUUAUCGUCUUUGGUUCUUUAUACGCAAAGAACUUGUGGAAAAGUGCACCUCCAAAGCCUCCACCACAGCAGCCUUCUGGACCUGAACUAGUAGAAGAAGGCGCUUCCAGUACCGUUAAGCAAUAACCCCCUGACAGUUUGAUGCCCGGCUCUUCUCGUACCUCGUACGAACUAAUCUUAGUGCCAGAAUGAUGAUUUACAGUAGGACAGUAGGGAGCGGUAUGAGAUCCCCCAAUUUUCGGCUUGAAAAAAUAACUGAUGAGAUCGAACAGAGAGGUUCGGAGCCCAAGUGGAUGUAUGAUCCGGUUAGGUUAUACAACUGCUUUAAUUUUCUUCUGUUUCAACACUUCUUCUAUUCAUUCCCUUGAUCUUGUCUGUCAAGAGCUACAUUCGAAUAGAGGAUUUAUAUAACGUGUGAUUUUGGUAAAUAAAAUUCCUAAG